AUGAACACUCUGCUGCUCAGUGUAAGUUUUGUUUUCUCUCUUUCUUAUUUCACAAUACCUUUUUUAAAUUUUAGACUGAGUGGCUGUAACCUGUCAGAGAGAAGCUGUGAAGCUCUGUCCUCAGUUCUCAGCUCUCAGUCCUCUAGUCUGAGAGAACUGGACCUGAGUAACAACGACCUGCAGGAUUCAGGAGUGAAGCCACUGUCUGAUGGACUGAAGAGUCCUCACUGUCAACUGGAGACUCUCAGGCUGUCAGGUUGUCUGGUCACAGAGGAAGGCUGUGCUUCUCUGGCCUCAGCUCUGAGCUCCAACCCCUCCCAUCUGAGAGAGCUGGACCUGAGCUACAACCAUCCAGGAGACUCAGGAGAGAAGCUGCUGUUUGCUGGACCUUCAUUUUCCUAUACUGUUAUCAUACAGCUUGUGCCUUGUUAUGAUUACACUGAAUGUUCCUAUGUACGCAAUUAA